UGGAACACGCCGCCCGGUAACCUGGUCGUGGUGUACCUAGAGGCUUGUGAACGGCACAAGGUCCCAGCCAACAGCGCUGUCAUUGCGCAGCUACAACGCCGCGUCCGAAUGAUGCAACCCGGGCCCUGGCAACGUGUCAUACCUCCCGAGCAGCUCCCCGCGCCUCCCUCCCGCUCCCCCUCGCCUUUCUCCAACACCUCCGUCGCCGGCAUCCUCUCCUCCCCAUCGGCCCUCACCGCCAUCCCGCCUCGCAACCAACCCCCCGGCCGUAGCCCCAGUCCUAACGCCAGCUUCGGCCCCAGCCCCUCCCCCAGCCACAGCGCCCUCAUGCCCAGCUACAACCCCAGCGGAUUAAGCUACAGCCACAGCAGCCAGCCCUUAUCUGCAAUCUCUAGCCAUAUGGCUGUAGCAGCCGCAAAUCAAACCUCGCAAGAGCUCCGGGACCUGAUUCAAGGACACGUUUAUCCGCUGACCUUGGCGCCACCGUCGCCAGGUGCUGAGGCGGCGCGGGGGGUUGGCGGCGGCGGCGCUAACCUCCACGGCGGCAAUGCGCCCAGUAGCAGCAGUACCCGUAAUCACGCCGAAACGGUUCGCGCGGCGGAGCUGGCGAUGGCAUUGGCUGAGUCCGGUGGUCCGUUGUACUCCGCCAGGGCGGUGGCGCACGUGUGUCAGCUGGUGGACCCCAGGGCCCCGUGGGAGCAGCAGCUCGCCUCAGUGGGCAUUGCCCCCGACUGCCGGGUGGUGAGUGAGACGGACUUUUCCCGCCUUUUGGAGGCAGCAGCUGCUACAGCCUCAUUAGGGGAGCUUCGCCAGGCGGCUCUGGAGGUGCUGUCGCGACCCGUGGGUCAUGGCACUCUGGACGAGGAGGGGCUGGCGGGUGCGCUGUUCGACUACCUGGACGUGUUGGGCCAGGGCAGCAUCCCCGCCUCCGAGCUGCGUACGGCAGUGUGUGCCUUCAGCCCGGCAGCUGCGGCGGACAUGUACGGCCUCAUGGAGAGGUAUCCCUGUAUGGCGCGAAUGAGCGCCGACCCGGUGAGCCGCUCCGAGUUCGUGGAGGUGCUCGUGGGUUUGGCCCCCGACUUGGCACCCCCCGGCAGCUCCCCUGGACUUGUACGGGAUAAGAUGGAGAUUGCGAUCAACGCCAUGUUGGAUUCUAAAAUCCGGGAGCCGUACGGGUACGACUUCUCUCGGUGUUACCUCGGCCCGCGUGGGCUGUUGCCUGUUUUGGACGCCCUCGGUUUCGACUCCUCCUUCACGUCCCUCAGCCUCGCUCAUAGCGGGCUGGGCUGCAGUGCGGUGGAGACAUUGGCAGACUGGCUGCUGGGUCACCCCAACUUGACCUCCCUGGACUUGACCAACAACCUGAUUGCGGACAGAGGCGGACUGGCGCUGACUCGGCUGCUCAGGAGCAACUCGCGGAUCGUGGAGCUGGGUAUUGGGUCCACGUACUUGCUUCCCCGGCGGCCCAGUCGCACCCACCACGACACGCUGGGCCCCUCCCCGUGCGAGGACGGGGGCCCGCUGCUGGAGGCGCUGGCUGCUAACCGGGCUGCGCGGCGGUCGCUACCAGUGGAGAUUGUGCGGGCGCUCCGACAGCACGGCCCCGAGCUACGGGCCUUGUGCUACAGCCUGCUAGCACGCGACGGCAGUAGCAACAGCAGUAGCCGGCCCGCCAGCGUGUCGACCGCAGGGGCCCCCGGGGCCAGGGGUGUCAACGACGGCGGCGGCGGUCGCAGUCGCUGCGUCACACCGCUCACCGUUCCCCCCCCGGACGGCCGGGUGCCCCUAUCCGCGUUGCGUGAGGCCCUGGGGGAGGUAACUGCGGAGUGGGGCUUCACAGCGGACGCCCUGGACGAGGUGCUGCACCACGAGCGGCUGCUAGGUACGGCGACUGCAGGUCGUACGGCAGAUGAUAGCGGUCGAUUGGGCGUUACGUACGACGAGUUGAUGCAGUUCCUACGGUCUGAGGACCAGGUACUUCGUGUUGCCCAAGCGUUCCGAAACCAUAUUGUGGAAGCGAAACGAAUUUUCUUUGCGCUCGCUCCGGAGCCAGCGACCGCCGCCAGCAUCUCCGCCGCCGGCGUCGCGGGGCCCCGUACGGCACUGUCGACUGUACGGCAGGCCAUCAUCGCGGCGGCGUCGCAGCCCGGCAGCGGCUGGGACGUAUCGGAGGAGGACCUGGGUGCCGUACUGUCGCCGGCGUUCAUGAAGGCGCAUUGUAGGGCCGCCGCUGCCGGUACGGCACGACCGCCGGCACUGGUUGGCGGCGGCAGCGGCGGAAGUGGCCUACCUGCGGCAUUCCGGCCCGACGGGCUGUUGGUGCCGGAGUGGGCGACCGCCGCCGCCGCCACCACCUCCCCGGCCACCGCCGCAACUACGAGCUCCUCUGCUACAGCGGCAUCUGCGGCCGCAGCGACGCCGAGUGGCGAUAUGUUGAUCAGCUGGCCGGAACUGGCGAAUACACUGCUUUACCUUUUCAGCAGAUGA